AUGUGUCUUAAUCCAUUGAAACACAACAGACGCCGAAAAAGAAGAAAAGCAAAGCCGGCUUCUAGUCGGACAACGCUCCUGCAAACUGCGUGGCCCAGCAACACAAAGACACGACAAACGGCGAUAACGACAAGUACAGAACAGGAGACGGCGAGACGAAAAGAUAAUGACGAGGUAUUCCGCCGGGGACGCUGGAAGCUUGGGAACAAGGGCCAGGCAGAUGGAGGGCUGUCUGGACUGGCUACGGACUGGCUACGGACUGGCUACGGGCUCGCCCAAGCUGAGGAGAGGCUUUGCUACUGUUCUACCUUGCUGCUGAAGGCACAGGACUUGCUUGUUUUCUCUCUUCACCCUGCCCCCCUGCAAGCUUGUUACCCUCUACAGACGCUGUACCGCUGCAUCAUUGGCCAGGGGCCUGCGUCGGUUCUCUCAUCCGCGCUGGCCCAAGCGUCCACUCCCAGCAUGCUACUCCCAGUCCUGAUUAGCGGUCCUCAGUCAACGCCAAAAACGCCCACCAGACGAGUGGCUAAUAUUCGUCCUAAUAACCCGAUGGCCUGUCAGCCACCAGUAUUACAGCUGCUGUUGGUCUGGCAGAUGGCGCGGUGGCGUCUCAUUCCCGGCCGCAAAGCGUAG